UAAAUCUAGAAAUCUAAGAUGGUAUCCUUGUAGAUCCUAGGAACCUUAUUCAACUCUUCCGCUUCAUCUCUGUAUCACUAUCAAAAUAAAAUUCCUAGAUUAUUCUUAAAACCAUGCCUCAAACAGAUCAACCCUCGCCUUCUUCCCCAACUCAUCAAUCAAAUCCACCUCCUCCUAACUCUAGGGUUCUUGACCCAUAUGUUAUUCACCCCUCUGAUAAUCCCGCUACAGUUCUCUUUUCACCUUUACUACAAGGAGAUAAUUAUGGUGCAUGGAUUAAAGGGAUUACCAAAGCUUUAAACGCCAACGGAAAACUAGGUUUUGUCGAUGGGUCUUUACCACCAUCGGAGGACGAUCUCACUCAUCGCUGCUGGAAACGCUAUGAUGAUCUAGUAGGAAGUUGGCUCCUCAAUUCAGUCCACCCAGACAUUCGUGCAAGCUGUUUAUAUGCAGCCUCUUCAUAUGCAAUCCGGAAGGACUUCCAGGUAAGGUUUUGUAUCUCAAACGCUCUUAUUCUAUUUCAUUUGAAAUCUGCAAUAGCUUCUAUUAGGCAAGAAUCGAUGCCUGUGUCUAUUUACUACACCAAAAUAAAAACACUUUGGGAUCAGUAUGACUCGUUGGUUGCUUCAACUGAGGCAUGUAUCUGCGGUGCUGGUAAGCAUAUGCUGGAAAGACUUGAAAGAGACAGAGCAAUGGAAUUCCUCCAGGGUCUCCAUGAUAGAUUCUCAAAUCUGAGAAGCCAAAUCCUGACAAUGGAACCGUUUCCGACUGCUUUUCAUAUCUUCAAUAUUGUGCAACAAGAGGAGGAGCAGCAAAAUAUUACUGCAUCUCCAGUACCCACUAUCGAAUCAGCUGCCCUUAACACCAGCAAGCAUUUUGCAUCUUCAUCUCGUCCUCCUGCUAGUCAGAAUAAGCGCCAGCGACCACACUGCGAUUACUGCAACAGGCAUGGUCACGUACGUGACAAGUGCUAUAAGAUGCAUGGAUUUCCUACUACCACCAACAAAUUUCCAGUUGCUGCUGUUUCCACAUCCAUGCCGCCUGAUUCGACUACUAUUCAACCAGCUAUCCCAGCAUUGUCCGCUGAUCAGUAUGCUCGUCUUCUAGCUCUUAUCAAUCCUCCCAAUGAAUCUGCACAGAUAGAACAUCGUGCAAAUUUCGCAGGACCGAGUCACGAAACAAGUGAUUGGUCAGGCUAAUUUCCUCUCUGGCUUAUAUCAUCUUCAAAUCCAUCAACAACAGCCAGUGCAACACAAGGUCUUAUGCAAUAAGGCCGUAGUAGAUGUUUGGCAUUGUCGGCUAGGUCAUCCUAGCUUAGAACGUUUCAAGUUUUUAUGUCGUAAUUUUGAUUAUAUUCAUUCCAGUUCUAAAUUUUUUUGUGAUGUUUGUCCUAUGGCUAAACAAA